CCCCGUUGCGCUCCAUCAAAUAUAUCCAUGUAUACAAGACGUAAUAUGUGGCAGAAAGGUCAGACAUCCGAGGAUGUGAGGAUGGACCGGAGACCUCCGCGGAUCCGCUGCCCUACUCCCUAUCCCGGCACCCAUUCAUUCCCUCCCUGAGCUGAGCGAUUACUGGAGAUCGUGACAGAUCUACGUCUACUGUGACGCACUUUUCCGCCUCCGGUGGUUCUUGGGGUUCGACUCACAUCCUAUAAUAUUGUUACGUCCCUCAGCCAUCACUAUCUCCCCUUUCCACCGAAAGUCAUCUCGCGAGUUCCCUAAUUUAGCGCCCAACACAGAUACAGACUCAGGUCACCUGGCGAUGGGAAGAAAAACGCUAACGAGACUUACUCUCCAACCCACAGCCACCGCUCUCGAGUCUCGAGUCAGAUCCCCCCCAAAAACUUCUUUUUGCCGCCGCUCCAAGUUUAGAAAGCCCAAGCGUGUGCCCUUCUGGGGUGGUCUAUUCCAGUUUGUUGAUUUCAUCGGGGCUCGGAUGUCAAAGAUGGUGGCAAUAACCCCGCUGUUUCUCGGCAUGACCAUCCGUGUAGCGUAAUUACGUUGUCGUUUGUACGCGUUGAACCUUCUUUCAAUCAACGCUACCACCACUACCGCCCAGCUUCAAAAAACUCACAGGCCGCUGCUGGCCACACCUAUGUCACGACCGAGAAGAAAAAAAACGCGAAUGCCUUUGAAAGCACGCGAUCUAAGAUUCCAGGCGUUCGAUAACCAAAUGUCUCAAGGGGGUCGAGAACCAGUUUGUCUGGUUACGCGGCUCCCCCGGGACGGCGAACGGCUGCGACAUUCUCUUAGCAUCGCGUCCAACCCUUGCUGGCUUGUAACAUCACACAAGU